CCGGCGGAGCCGAAGCCGCUCUGGCGGAUAUGGCCUAUCAGCAGGCUCUUUUCAUCCAGAUGAUGACGGGCGGUCAACUUCCUGGGCAAGCCGGACAGUUGGUAGGAGAUCCUCAAUCACCCUGGGCAUCCGGCGGAGCCGCCGGUGGAGGAGGGCAAUCGGGGAUUCCGGGGGCCGGCCCGCUGGCCGAUCCCGGUCUCAAUCCCGAGACGAUGGAGCCGUUGCCCGAGCCGAUGGAAGCCAAUCCGUCGCACGUGUUCCAGUGUCUGGUGUGCAGCGUGUUUUGCGGCGACAUGGCCAAAGUGGUUGCCCAGCACGUCGCGGCCGAUCGAUCGCGUCAGCGCGAGCACGAGGCCCUGCUCCUCAUUGGCGGCCAUUACCUGUGUCGAUUGUGCGCCUACAAGACGACGCUCAAAGCUAAUUUCCAGCUGCACUGCAAGACGGACAAGCAUUUGCAGCGGCUCCAGCACGCCACCCACAUCCAGGAGGGCGGAGCCCGCAACGACUGGAAAUUGCAGUACGUGACGAGCACGACCAAUCCGGUCCAGCUGCGCUGCAACGUCUGCACUGUGUACUACACCAACAGCGUCCACAAGCUCCAGGUGCACGCGGCCAGUCCCCGCCAUCAGCUGGCCGUCGAGCUCUUCCGCUUCGUCUCGGAUGAGGCGGCGGCUCUGGGCCGCUCCGCCAGCGGAGUCCAGUACCAGUGCCGACUCUGCCAGUGCGACUGCCCCAGCAAGACGGCCCUUCUCCAGCACGCCCGCUCGCUGCGCCACUGCCAAUUGGAACAGUUGGCCGAGCUUCAGCGGCGCAGCACGGCCGGUCCCAAGGAGCCGAUGCUGGGACCGCUGGAACUGCGCGACCUUUUCGCCGUCGUCUCUUCCGGCAGCGAUUCGGACGACGAAGGAGCGGCGGCACCACCACAAGUCAAUCCAGGCAAUGGGCCACAGAAGGUGAAAACUACUGGCCGAACCGGGAAGAGCUACUCCGACAACUGCGACAACAACAACGAAAGCUCUCCAACAACAACAACAGCAGCAAGGUGAAC